AGAUGAGGAAAGACCUAUGUCACCUUUAUAUUUGAGUGCUCAUGUGUCUCAAGUCAGCAGUGUGUCGACAACUGGAGAACUCUUGGAAAGAACCAUCCGGUCAGCUGUAGAACAGCAUCUUUUUGAUGUUAAUAGCUCUGGAGGUCAAAGUUCAGAGGACUCAGAAUCUGGAACAUCAUCAUCAUCUUCUUCAACGGCAUCUUCCAGACAGCGAAGACGCCAGCCAAAGGACCAGGAUGAAAUUAAACGAGCCAGAGACAUGGGACGUGUCAACAAAGAAAAUAUUCCUUCUGGAUUCAGCAACACUGAUGACGGUAUUUUGAAUGCUCAAGAAGUAGAAAAAUUAAAUGAAAACAGUCCUGGUUAUACUGGUGAAAGGAGUAAACCCAAACGUCAGAAAUCCAGCACCAAACUUUCUGAGCUCAACGAAAAUCAAGAUGCCCUGGUGAAUAUGGAAAAUUUCAAUUCCCCACAAGUUCAUGAGAGGGCUGGACUUGAUGAUGUUGAGCUGAUGUCUGAUGAAAGCAAAGAAAGUGAGAAAGGUAGUGGAUAUGCCCAGCAUUUUGAGAGCUCCACAAUGAAGAUCCAGGAGCAUCCUAGCAUACCUGAUGCCAAACUGCAGAGGAAUCAAGAUGCUGAUGAGCAGCAGGAGAGCUUUGUCUCUGAAGUGCCCCAGUUGGACCUGACUGCAUUGUGCGAUGAGAAGAGCUGGGAAGAGCCCAUCCCUACUUUCUCCACGUGGCAGCGGGAGAGCAUCGACCCGGACGAAGUGCGCCUCUCACCGCAGGCCGGGCGCCUCAUCAGCCAGCUUCUGGAGGAGGACAGUGACCCCAUGCUCUCACCUCGCUUCUAUGCCUAUGGGCAGAGCCGGCAGUACCUGGACGACACAGAAGUGCCUCCUUCUCCCCCAAAUGCCCAUUCUUUUAUGAGGCAACGGAGCUGCUCCCUGGGGUCCUACGAUGAUGAGCACGAAGACCUAACACCUGCCCAGCUCACGCGGAGAAUUCAGAGCCUUAAAAAGAAGAUUAGAAAGUUUGAAGACAGAUUUGAAGAAGAGAGGAAGUACAGACCUUCCCACAGUGACAAAGCAGCCAACCCAGAGGUCCUGAGAUGGACAAAUGACCUUGCCAAAUUCCGGAAACAGCUGAAAGAGUCAAAACUAAAGAUAUCUGAAGAGGACCUCACCCCCAGGAUGCGACAGCGAAGCAACACGCUCCCCAAGAGUUUUGGUUCCCAGCUAGAGAAAGAGGAUGAGAAGAAGCAAGACCUGGUAGAUAAAGCAAUCAAGCCUAGUGUUGAAGCCACACUGGAAUCCAUCCAGAGAAAGCUCCAGGAGAAGCGAACAGAAAGCAGCCGCCCGGAAGACAUUAAGGAUAUGACCAAAGAGCAGAUUGCUAAUGAGAAAGUAGCUCUCCAGAAAGCACUGCUGUAUUACGAAAGCAUUCAUGGACGGCCGGUUACAAAGAAUGAACGCCAGGUGAUGAAGCCGCUCUAUGACCGGUAUCGGCUAGUCAAACAGAUCUUAUCCCGAGUUAACACCAUACCCAUCAUUGAAGAAGAGGAGGGUUCAGAAGAAGAUAUCAACACAAAGCUGGAUUUCACAGUCACCCUGAAAACAGACUUCAGUGCCCGUUGCUUCCUGGACCAAUUUGAAGAUGAUGCUGAUGGGUUUAUUUCACCAAUGGAUGAUAAAAUACCAUCCAAGUGCAGCCAGGACACCGGGCUUUCCAAUCUCCAUGCUGCUUCAAUACCUGAACUCUUGGAACAUCUUCAGGAAAUGAGAGAAGAAAAGAAAAGAAUUAGGAAGAAACUUCGUGAUUUUGAAGACAAUUUUUUCAGGCAAAAUGGAAGAAAUGUCCAGAAGGAAGACCGCACCCCUAUGGCUGAUGAAUAUAAUGAGUACAAGCACAUAAAGGCGAAGCUCAGGCUCCUGGAGGUGCUCAUCAGCAAGAGAGACACUGAUUCCAAAUCCAUGUAAGGAAGCCUGCCCGGCCCCCGCAGAGGGUGCUGAGGAUGCGGGCGGAGUGGACCAGCUGCCUCCUCUGGUAAACAGUAUCUCUGCAGAAACUGGAAGGCAACCUUGGAGCUGGC